AUCUGGUGACCUCCAGCUGGUCUUUUAGACAAUCAGACGACUUGUAGCGCAUCAUUCUCAGCCUUCAGGAGCAGCGCGUCACGAGCCAGAAGUCAUGUCGACGCCUGCGCUGAGCACCCCAACUCGCGGCGGUGGGGCCAGCGAAGCGGGAGGCGGAGGAGCGAGCAAAAGACUAAUACACGCACAACCGCAAGCUCAAGGACAGGACACGAUCAAUGCUUUCUUGGAUCGCCAAGCUCAAACAACGCUCAAUAGGCUGUAUCAAAGACCAGCAAAUUGCUUGGCCAUCUUCAGAUUGGUACCGAUGCUUGCGCGACAACAAAUCAUGUCUAUGCUCUUCUUGGAGGGAGAAGAAGCAUCCUCCUCCUCCACCAUGCCUGUCUCGGACGCUCAGGCUUGGAUCAAGCGAGAGACUGAAGCGAGACGAAAAUUCGAAGAAGGCAUGGACCGCUUGUCCACGCUCAACAUCGUGCGGAUCAAAGGUGCAAAGUAUCAACUCAACGGAGUGUUUAGGGACGGCAUGAGAAGAGCACUGAUAGGAGGAGGCGAUCAUAGAUCUUUCGGGGUCGCUUGCGAUACGCCUGACAAGAAUGCAGUGGACCUGGAAUACCUGGACGAGUAUGCUCGAAGUAGAUGGGAAGCAAUACUGCACUACAUGGUGGGCAGUGGAGGUGCAGAAGUACCGCGUGCUCCUGUGCUCUACCUCCUCAGAGCUUCUGGCUUGAUGCAGCACGCCUCGAGCAAAAGACCAGACGAUGCGGACCUCUCCAUCACUUCGCUCGGCUUUCAAUUCCUGCUGGAGGAUCUGAACACGCAGCUUUGGGACCUUUUGCUCUCCUACCUCACAAUGGCAGAAUCAAGAAAUAUGGAUCUGGUGGAAGUCUUGUCGUUCAUUUUCAUGCUGGGAAAUCUUCAACUGGGCAAGGACUACUCCAUCGAGGAUUUCACCGAGACGCAGCUGCACAUGCUGCAAGAUUUCAGGGACUACGGACUAGUCUAUCAGAGGAAAAGCACUUCGCGAAGGUUCUAUCCUACACGUUUGGCCACCACGCUUACCAGCAGCGCCACCCCGCUGGUCGGUGGGCAUGGCAGCGAUGAGGAGAGAGGUUUUGUCAUUCUGGAGACGAAUUAUAGAGUGUAUGCGUACACCAACAAUCCUUUGCGGAUCAGCGUCUUGAGCCUCUUCGUCUCUCUUAAAGCCCGCUUCCCGAACCUCAUCAUGGGGACGAUCAAUAGAGAAAGCGUCAAAGCCGCGCUGAGCAACGGCAUCAGCUCUGAUCAGAUUAUAGCAUACCUCACGCACCACGCGCAUGGACAGAUGCUCAAGAAUGAUCCGGUCUUGCCAGUCACGGUCACCGAUCAGAUCAGGCUGUGGGAGCGGGAAAAGAAUAGAGUCACCACCUCAUCAGGCUCUCUCUUUGCAGAUUUCUCGUCCUUUGCCGAUUUCGCAAUGGUCAGAGAUUACGCCUCUCAGCUCGGAGUGCUGCUGUGGCAAAAUGAACAGAAAAGAUUAUUCUUCGUCGCUGCUGAAGGUGAUGAGCCGACCCGUGACUUUAUUCGGAGGAGACUGCAGAAUUGAGUCACCUCCGAGCGUUGUACUAUAGCCCUGGUCAAAUCACACAUUAUUCUUGAAGCACCCUCGGUCCGCUUGAUACAUGCUGCUGCAUUGCGAGGCAAGACAUCGGAACGGUGAAAGGAGAGAGAAGAGAGAAGAGGAAAGGUACACGUGAGGAUGAUGUGAUGCUCCAAUCAGCCGACGCGACGGACGAAGGGUCCGACCGAAAGAGGGGGGCUAUGUGCACGAAGCUCGCUGGCUGUUCGGGCGAUCUUU